CUGCCCUCCUCCCCUCCCCGCCCCCGCAAAGCAUUGUGGGAGCGGCAGCGGUUGGGCUCAGACCGUCAACAUGUCCGACGUGGAUUGGGAUGCCGAGGACUUCGAGCCUCCUCAAGCCCAGCCUGCCAAAUUGACCGAUAAGUGGGAAGGAGAAGAUGAGGACGACUCUGUCAAGGAUAACUGGGAUGAUGAAGAAGAAGACAGUGAAAACAAAGAUGAUAAGGAUAAGAAAACAGACUCUGCAAGUCUCAAGAAGAAGAAGAAAAAGAAAUUAGCUGACAUUAUUGCUGAGAAGGAGGUGAGGCAUUGAUAGAAAUAUUUUUCUU